AUGUUUCCAUUGCUGCAUCUAGAUCAAAAUGUGUUCUUACCUGGACUCUUGGAGAAAGUCAGCUCGAUACUACCACAAGGUAAGAGACGAGCUGACUCUAAUCUUGCCCGUCGCUGUGACUGUAAGAAUCUCAGGUAUCGGUCGAUGAUGAAGAGGAAGAUCCCAGGCAAUAUCAUGCAGAAUCAUCGCCCAGUAUAUGAUGAAACCGACGGUAUGUGCAGUAAAAAGAAUCAUGGAAAGAUGACCGAGCCAGAUAUGAUACUUGAUACUGGAUUCAGAUGUAAGCCCAACGAGAGGCAGAAUCGAAGAUCCUCGUGUGACAGGAAAGAAGAGAAAUGCCCAGCAUAUUUGGCAAGAGACCAGAUCAAGAGUGCAAUAAACAUGGCUGCAAAAGCAAGCUCCAUUGCAGUCACAAUUCCAAAGGAGCCAUCACAAUUGCUGGACGUCUUAAGAAGGACAAACGAUUUCUUGUAA